GUCGUUGCUCGUGCCUUUAGUCAGUUCGCUUCUGUCGCUGACCGCGUUCGCAACGUCACGCCUCAGUGUGUGUGUGUGUGUGCGUGUGUGUGUGUUUGUGAUUGUUUUCAAAAAAAUUAUCAUCUCGAUAAAAAUUGAGCAAAAAUUUGUGUUUUUCAAAAAUGUACAAGAAAAAAAGCACAAAUUCGCCACUUGGGCGUAUUUUGAAACGCAUCUUUUGUAAUUGAAAGCGAAAUUUAUAACAGAAAAAAAGAAAAUAAAAAUCUCAGCAACAACAAAUAUUGUGCAUUAAAUACUCAUAAAACGGGCUGAGGCCAAAGAAACCACAAAAAAUAAUCUAAAACAACAAUAAUAAUACAAAAACAUAUCGCACAUUUUUGUCUAUUGAGCGAUUUAUCUAUUUUUUUUUAAUGGGUGAAAACUGUUGAGCGAGAAGAAGAAAAAAAAGCCGAGAAUUCUGAGAAACUGAGAACUGAGCAAAGCGAAGAGAAACUGAGAGAAAAAUGUCAGCAACCUUAGUACAAAAUAAUAACAACAACAGCAAAUUCAACAAAAAGUCGAAACUGAAUAGCAACUUGGGGCAGCAGCUGGAUACGACGAGGAUCAAAGGCAAACAAGGCGUGGCAAGCAUAUCGCUGAUGCUGCAAUACGAUAUCGAUAACACGCUAAAUGCGCUCAAGGAGCAAACGCAGCGAAAUGCGUUAAAUGCCGAUAACAAUAAUCUGAACAAGGAUCGGGACAACAAUCUGGCGAUGCCGGGUCAAAGUGAGACCCAACCCAACAAUGAGGGCAGCCCCAGUCCUUGUCUCGAACUGGAAGUGGAAAAUAUUGUCAAUGGCAAAGCGUGCUUGAGUGUCACAAGCAACAACACUUUUAUGCCGCCCACGCCACCAGCCACGCCCAAUUUACAGAAUACGGCACAGAAACGUUGGCGCAUCCUGGCCAAAGUGUUGCGCAAAGACUCCGAGGAGACGGUCAGCUCCUCCAGCGAUGAGUUCAGCGAGGAGCAAACCGCUUCGGUGCGACGCUUCAAAAGCUUCGAUCUGCUGCGCCAGGACAGCUUCGAGGAUCACGUGAGCCUCAAGUGUCUCGGCAAGACGGAGAACUGGUACAAAUAUCGCAUGCAGCUGCACAACGAAAUCGAAUACUCCGUCAACAUUCAUCACAUGGAGCGACAGCUGACCGCCAACGAUCUGAUGGGUUUCAAUAACACGGGAAACAUAUGUGUUUGGCCCUCGGAGGAGGCACUUACCGCUUUGGUAUUAUCCGAUCUGGCCGCGUAUCGCGGCAAAUGGAUAUUGGAGCUGGGUGGUGGCUUCACCUCCCUGGCUGGACUGAUGUUGGCCAAGUACGCGAAGCCGUACGCGGUUCAUCUGACGGAUGGGAAUGAGGUGAGCGUGGAGAAUGUGCGUAAAACAGUUUGCCUCAACGAGCUGAGCUGCUACACGAAGUGCUCGGUGCUGAAGUGGCAGGAGUGUUCGGCUCGUGCCCAGGCGGAGCAGUUCAAGUUCGAGUACAUAUUGUGUGCGGAUUGUCUGUUCUUCGAUGAGGCGCGAAUGGCGCUGGUCGAUACCAUCUGGUAUUAUUUGGCGCCGCAGGGUGUGGCGCUCAUCAUGGCGCCCCGGCGCGGUCGCACUCUGAAUGUGUUCCGGGAUGAAUGUGUGGCGCGCGGAUUUCGUGUGGAGCUUGCCACACGCUACAAUGAGACCAUCUGGCAACGCCAUCUGCAGCUCAAGGCCGACUCGGCCCUCUACGACGAGGAUCUCCACUAUCCUCUCCUGUUGCGCCUCUGCAAGCCCCUCAGCUAGAUGGAGCCGUCAAUCUUCUGUAGUUUCAAUUAAAGUCCUUUUUAGUUCAUAGCAAAACAAAUUCCACUUUACACCUAAUUUACACAAAAAACACCAAAAUCAGUGGCCCAAAUAGAAAUGCGGGCCCAAUUAAAAUUAUUCCUCCCACAAUGCAAACCAAAAAAAAAUAAAUAAAUAAAAUAUAAAAAUAGUUAUCUAAGAAAAAAUGUAGCAAAAUUUUUGGUUCCCAAAAAAAUAAAUAGUUUUAAUUAACUUUUCAACUAGUCUUAAAUAAAAAAAACCUGUUAAAAGUGUUUUAAAAAUUACUAAAAAUGUGGGAAUAAUAAACUAGCUAACUGGAAUACAAAUGUAAACCUCGAGUUCAGUCUGCUGAAAUAUCUCAUAGCCAAAGAAUGUAGCAACUAGCACCUGAAGUCAAAAAUAUCUAAAAAUGGUUUAUAUUAUAUUAUAUAUAUAUCGUUAAGAACCAACCAAUUUAAGCUAAGUCAUUUUAAAAACUAACUACAAAAAUUCCUUUGAUAUGUAAAUUUGUAUGGAUUUGCGUUAUUGAUUCCACAGUUAUGUAACCUAACACACAAAUACUCCAUUUUAUUGAUAUCAACACACACAACACACAAGCACACACAGAUACACAAGUAUUAUUUAAAUUUGUAGCAUAAUUUUAGGCGAGACAAAAAAAAACAA